CGUUACUCACAAUCUCACACAGUGACUCUAGCCAUCUAAGCUUUCUUUCUUAACAUCAUGGCAAGCACCAUUCAAAAGCAAAAGCUCUUUUUGUCAUUUCCGCACUAUGCUGUGGUCGGCGCCUCCACAGACCGGUCAAAGUUCGGCACAAAGGUUCUGCAAUGGUAUAUCCAACGGAACAGGCCAGUAACCCCGGUCCACCCGUCGAAUGAUGAGUUGGAGGGUAUAAAGACCAUACGGUCUUUAACUGACCUUCCGAACCCAACCGAAACGUCAGUGAGCAUCAUAACGCCUGCUAAGAUCACAAUUAAUCUGCUCAAACAAAUCGAGAAACUUUCGAUUCCCGCUGUCUGGUGCCAACCAGGAGCAACUGAUGUUGCCUGCGUUCAGUACAUCAAAGACAACGGGAUGUCUGACCGUGUACUUUUCGAAGGGGAAUGUAUACUGAGAGAUGGUGACGGGGCCUUACAGUCAAUGUUAUGAGAUUCGGACUGAUCUGAUAUGGUCAUGAAUGAACUAUCAUUAAUAUUGCCC